AAAUUAUUCAGUCCACAAAAACACCAAUUUUGCGCUUCAUUCGAAAGUGUAGGAAAGCUUAGAAAAUAUGACCAUAGAAUCUAAUAAAAUGAAAGAUGUUUUGUUGCUUCAGAUGACUUCAAAGUAUGAAGACCCACGCCUAUGGAUAGACAACUACCUAGCAAACCCAUCAGUUUCUGAAACGGAAGUUAAUCACCUGAGAUCUGUGAUGCAAAGGGAUCAAGCACUCAAGAAGGCAGAUAGCGAGAGAAUCUAUGACUUAGUUGGAUCAUUUCCUUCUAAACUACAACCUGAAAUUCUACUCAGUAAUAUGAACCAAUUGCGUAAUAAAAUCCCAGCAGUUCCUGGUAGUGGCUUUGUUUCAACUUACACGACAAUUAUUCAAUCUAAUGAUAUAAAUCCAGUUGAAGAUGAGGAUUACAUGUCACAUUUAGAAUAUAUUCACAAACGCAGAUCAUAUGCAACAUUACAGUUACGUAGAUUUACAUCCAAAUUCUCAAAGUUAUGUCCAAUCUGUUUACAUCAAUUUAAUUCAUUAACAGAAACGUAUCGAUGUAUUAAGUGUAUUCGUAAUGUUUGUCAAAAUUGUGCAUGCAAAAUAUCAUUGUCAAAUUCGAAUAUUUUAUGUAAAGAGUGUUGGGAAAUUGCGAAAUGUAUCUGUAAAACAGGUGAUUGGUUUAAUCAUUAUACUGAAACAAAAGAAACCAGUCCGUUAAAAAUUGAUGUAAGAUUUAAACCACUUCAAAAUAAUCUACGUAAGGCAAAAAGUGAAGUGAUUUCAAAACUGAAUAAUUCAUCAAAAUAUAUUGUUAACUCACCUUCUAAACCAAGUGAUGAGAAUGAGAAGACCUCAUUGAAUCAAAUGUUAAUAGAAGAAACUCAUCCAGUUAAAAGUAAAGAAAAAUCGAGAUCUAAGUCACCACAAGCUUUAAAAACUCAAAACUCGCGGGAAUAUUUAAAAUCUGGCUCUCAAAGUACAAUGGAUAAAAAAUUAUCUGGAUUCUUAGAACAAUCAACACUUUCUCGUUCUCAGUCGUGUGAUUAUUUGGGUAAAAUAAAUGACUCGUCUGAAGAUCAUGAAGAGUUCAAAAAGAAAUCUGGAAGACGAAGACGCCUAUUACGACUAAAAAGACUAUUGAAGAAGAGUAAAUCAUACAAAUCAAAUCACUAUAAAGCUUCUAAUGAAAUGGAUGAAUUAAUUCAUGGUGAAAUUGAUGUAUCAAUGGAAUAUAAUGCUCAAGAUCAACAACUUGGAGUUAGUUUAUGGGCUGCUAAUAAUUUAGCACAUGAAAAAUAUAUAAUCGGCUUACCUCAUGCUACAAUCUCAUUGCUUCCAGAUAAUGUCAAAUAUAAUCUCAAAGUAUCUGGUAACAAUAAAUGGGAUGGAAGAGAUGCAGUUUUUGAUCUUAGUGUUUGUUUUACAGUACAUAGAUGUGAUUUAAACAAGAAGAUUAUUGUGAUAAAGUUAUGGUCUAGAAAUGGUAUAAAAUCACAAUUCACCAUUGGCCAAACUGUUAUUCCUAUAAAAGAAUGUAAUCUUUUGUUUUCAGCAUGUAGAAAAUCCUUCCAAUUGAUAAGUGAAAAUAAUUCAAUCAUUACAAAUCCUAACAUAAAUACAGAUUACUACGGUGAAAUCAAACUUGCUUUACGUUUUGCAAUAUCUGAUUAUCAGAAAAAAGUGUUGUGUGUAACUGAUGAAGCUAUUGAUUUGAUUGGCGUAUUAAAUGUAUGGAUAAAGGAAGGAAAGAAUUUGCAUUCACAAAAAGCUGGUACAGAUAUAAAUUCUUACGUGACCGUGGAACUAACUGAUCCUGAACACAAAACAGAAUGUCGAAGUACUGAUCAAAUUCUACGAAGUGAUCAACCAGUCUGGAAUAGUUUACUUCAGUUUUCAGACAAACAUCUUAGUGAAUUAAUCGAAUCUACUAUGAAAAUAUUUAUUUGGAAUCGUUCAAGUAGCUUUAGUGAUCCAGAACUAUUGGGGAUCGUACAAAUUGCCAAUAAAGAAGAAUCUGAAUUAAUGGAUACGAUCAAUGAUAACAACGUAAAUGCUAAUGUAUAUCAAAGCAGUACAAUAACAAAAAGUACAUCAUUGUGGGAAUCUUUAAUAUCAAAACCUGGUGAUUGGAUAGAAGAUAAUUAUGAAUGGGAGAUAGUUACAAGUUUAGUACUGGAUUCAAUUGAAGAUGCUACAAAAUAUUUAUGGAAACAUAGAAUUAAGGUGAAUUUAGAUGGUUAUUUAGGAACUACAAUGGUUGAAGGCAUUAUUCGGACCCUGUUGAAAUUAUACAGACAUAAAAUGCCUCAGGUAAUUGAUAAAAGAAUGCGAUUACUUCAAGAAAAAUUGGAAAUGCUAAAUAAUUUUGGUGUGGUGAAUGUUGAAAAACAAACUCCAUUUUAUUUUUCCCGUGUAGGAUUUUUGCUGGAUCCGCAGCUAUGGAAUAGUUUCUAUCCGAUCACGAUACUAAACUAUUCUUUGGUACGCAAGUCAAAGUACAAAAGCGAUUCGUGGACAGAGUACAGAAGUGAUAAUUGUCUCAGAGAGUUUCUUUACAAGACAGUUGGUGAUUUCUGUGAAAUUUCAAAACAAUGCUGGAAGUCAGCUACUGAUUACAGUGAAACUGAAUAUGGUCUUACGCACCAGGUAUUUUAUUUUAUGAUUGGAAAACAGACUAAUUGUAGCGAAACAUUGGAUUAUCUUCUAAAAUUCAAUCAACCGGGAAUGAAUACUGAAAAAUAUUUGCAACAGUUAUGUACAAACGUUGCAGUUGAAGCUCAAAUUAUUGCCAGUAAAAAUUUUCCAACUGAUUUUAGGGAUCUGUUCAUGGAACAAGUUGGAUUUUGUGGUUUAGCAGGAUUUUGGCAAAUCUGUAAAAUUGAUUGGUUAAUGAAAAUUAUUUCAUGGCAAAAUAUCAUGGGUUGUUAUCAUAAAUUCGAUAAAGAAGAAAUGAAUCCAGAAAAUUUUGAUCCCAAUGUAUAUGGACAUUAUAAGCGUAGAAGACGUUCAGAACAACUUUUAUCCGAUGGUCAACAAGCGUGUCUAUCACAUAGGACAAGUGUAGCAAUGACAGCACUGAGUGGAUAUUUAAGAUAUUUAAUUGAAUUUCAUUAGAUGAUAAAAUCUAUUUUUUGUGUUCAGAAACCAUUAAACCAAUCCAGAAGAGAAUACUAGUUAUUGUUUUCUAAAUGUACAUUAACUUUGAAAAUUGUAAUUUAGUAAGAUGAACAACUAACUUUGAGUUACCGAUAUAACUUUUAUGAUCAAGUAUUGUUCGAAACCAAGAAAAAUCGAACAUCUAGGACUUUCGCAGUGCCCAUAAACAAUCAAGUCAGGGGUAGAAUUCGGAGCCCUCAGUUGAUUUA